AUGGAUCUAUAUUAUCAAGGGGAAAUUAUAAUUUGGAGUACUCAGUUUAAUCCAGGAGGCAUUUUCUAUACAAAGAUCCAUGAGGGAGAAAGGAGACAAAGCAGUAAUGGUGUGAUAGUAAGUAAACUAAGCAUAUAUUUUUGCUCAUUUUUAAUUUGGAACUGGAUUUUCCCCCUUGGUUUUUGUAUACUACAUGUGGUAAUUUUGAAAUAUAAAAAGUCCCCAUUAAUCAAGAUUGAUUACCUACUAUUCAAAUUAGCCUAGGUUAGUAAUAAUACGAAGGGGGCUCCUGCUGGGGUUUGUUUUUCAUUCUGAACAUAAAGGACUGCCUCCUCUGACAUGAACCAGCUGAAUGUUAUGAUCAUCUUCACAGAUCCUCCACUGAAUCCCUCUACGUUUUGAAGUUAGGUGGGUUGUGACCAUAGAAAGCGCCUUUUCAGUUGUGCUGCCUUCCCAGGGUGGCAUAUAAAUAAUUCAAAUAAAGAGACUAAUAAAACUUCAAACAUAAAUAAAGCAUGUUGUCAAUCACAAUAUCUCCCACAGGUUAUUUCAGCUGACAGACUUCAGUCAUUCAGCUUAAGACUUCAGGGGAAUCUAUGAGAAUUUUUUAAAAAAAUAACUAAAUGUUACAUGCAACCAAAACAAAAGCUCAAUGACCUGCUUCUGUGUUGCAAAGCAGCAUAGAUACUGGGUAAAUCAGAGCAAAGAAGCAGCAGGGGACGGCGGGGUUAGCAGUAUAGAGAAAAAGCACAGUGCAUUGGUGGUUGGAGAAAAGCACAUUGAGGUCAUCAAGGUGGCAAGGCAUGGAGUUAAGAGGAUCCAGGCCUAUUUUUUAUACUUAUUUGUAGUUAUUUAACAAUGACUUGCUGCUAUUGAAGAGUGUUCAAAUAUGUUUGGAAAUUGUUAUCCAAUUUGCAUUUUUUAUGACUAGUCCCCUAAAUUCAAAGUCAAUUUUGGUCCGUGUAUUUUGGAAACUGUUGCGUCAAACAAUAAUACCAUUAGGUCUUUGUUACUAUCAGAUUGUCUAAUGCAGAAGUUUGGAAUACCGCAGAAGCCAAAUUCUUUAGAUAAAGUCAUUGCCCAUGUGAUGAUCUCAAAGCAACACUGUUAUGAUGAUAUUGUGAGUUUUUCUUUAAUACUCAAUUUAAAUAGGGAGGGUAGGUUUCUCAUUUUUCAAGGAUUAAGGGUGGGUGUCUGGGUCUGGGUGUGUGUGUGUGUACACACACACACACACACACACACACACACAUAUUUCCCCAUGCAGUCCUUAUCAUAUCACCUGGAGAUUGAACUGACCUUUUAGUUUAUGAAAAGAAUUUCUUUAAAUGUUUUCUGUGUACAAUAUAUCACUUUGAAUGCAAAGAUAUUAUUCUGGUUGGUUUUUUGUUUGUUUGUUGUUCAUUUUUGAAACAAUAUAAUACGCUCACUAGCAGUGGUAUACCUGAAAAAUUGAGAGGGAAACAUUCUAGGGGAAGGAUCAGGACUAUAAACAAGAAUACUUAGUUUGGGGUCUGAUCAUCAGAUAAAGCACGUCUACCCUGUGCUUUAUACAACCAUCAGGAACUUGAAAAAUAAAAUAUCCGUUUUUUCUACUUGGCUGAAUUGCAAAAAGGAAAUUGUUAAGUAUUUUGACAGAUCAAAAUAUAACACCAGUAGGCUAAAAACCAUUUGCUGGACCACAAAAUGUGCAGGCUUGAAAUAGAACGAUCUGCAAUUUCAAGGAAUAUUCUUUACCAAUUAUGCUCCCUACAAUGAAAAACUGGGCUCCUGAACUGCUUGUCUGGUAGUGUCUAAACUUAGUGAGCUGAGCAAACAUGAUCUUCCUGGGACUGCUACCUACUCUUCUAUGCUUUUGCAUACAGAGCUGCUGUACCCCAUUUGCUCUUUCAUCACCUGAAGAUUUCACUAGACUUUUCCUCCAUCAUCCCACUUUUGGGCUACUUGUUGUCUGCCUUGCUUUCAUUGUCAGUUGGGUUCCACCUCCCGACUGCUUCAUUGCUGCUACAUGGUACCUCAGUAGCUGCCAAUUAUUCAUUUACAGUUAUUAGCAAAAUCCAUAAUGAAUGUUUUCCAGACACCACAAAGCACAGGUGCCUAAAUAGCUACCUGUUGUGCUGUGCGAUGGAAAGCUUGCCGAUUGUGACAUAUCACAAAGCAACCAUCUGGCAACCCUCCUACCUAUUAUUCAUAUUUUCCCUACAGCAAUUUAUUGUAGUCAUAUGGAACUUGCAAAAAAAGAAGGAGAGGAGAAGCUUUGGUGACUGCUGAUGUUAAACCACAGAAGAUUUUUGUUGAUACUGAUCUUUCCAUGUUUAAUUGUAUGAUAUUGCAGACUAUUGAAAUUAACGCCUUUUCAAUUCUUUAUUUCAAACGUUCAUUUGAACUCAGUAUUAAAAUGUUAGUUUUAAAAUAUGAGAAAUGUAUGCCAUUUUAAAUUUAAAAUCUGAUGUGUUUUUUCCUAGUGUCCUGAAUUCAAAAGGCCUAGAGAUAUUGCUGUUGACUGGAUAGCUGGAAAUAUUUACUGGACUGAUCAUUCUAGAAUGCACUGGUUCAGCUAUUAUACAACUCACUGGACAAGUUUAAGAUAUUCCAUCAAUGUAGGACAGAUAAAUGGACCAAACUGCACAAGGCUCCUUACAAAUAUGGCAGGAGAACCAUAUGCUAUUGCAGUAAAUCCUCCCAAAGGGUAGGUUGUUAAGAAGACCUUUGAUCUAUUUUUGUUCUAUGAGUUUAAAACCUAACUUUGUACAUGUUAUCGUUGGCUUUAGGAAAUUUAUCUUACUAGAUCAUUCAGUGUGGUUUCUGUGUCUUGGAUGACUUUUGUUCAGAAUGAGGAAAAUAAUUGUUACACAUAUUUCCUCCACAUUCUAAGCUGCAUAUUCAGCCAAUGCUAAGACAUGUCCUGUACACAACAGCCUAUGUGAACAAUAUGUUAAGUGGUUCACCUGAGUCACAUAGGUCCUACUCAAUCUUUAAAUGAAGUUUAAAAAAGUUUUUUGAAAGACCUCACUUUUAGAAACAGACACAAUUCUAGUGACAGAAGUGGGGCUCCAGAGAACUUACUUCAGACUAGCACAGAUGUUUAGUAGAAUUAUUUUACAGGAUUUUUGUUGUUGUUGUUGAACAGCAGACUCCCUAUACCAUACUGGGUAGUGCUGUUUAAGAAACAGCAACCCAAAGCCCAGUUGAAAAUGUGGAACUUGUAGGAUGGAUCUUUGGAUCCCGGCCAGAGGCAAGAAGAGAAUAUGCACACAGGAAUCAUGCACAUUUAUUUAACAGAACCCCACCCCUCAAAGUUAGACUAGCAGAGAAUGUGAUUAAUUCAACCAAACUGGAAUGUACCUGGAAAAACAAAGCAUGCAUCAACAACAAAUUGGUGAUCUUAGCCAAGGAAAUCUUUAAAUGAUAGCAGCUCAGGAGGAAACACAGUAGUGAACAAGGGAACACACAAUGUAUUAAGAGGUCACCACUGACUGGCAAUUGCAUGGUAAGCAUCACUUGUGUCAUUGCCAGGCAGUGUCACAAUAUGGUGGCAGAGACAUCACCAUGAAUGAUCAAAGCUACUCACUGGCAAACAACAUCCAAUGGGUCUCUAGAUAUAAUGUAUUUGUGCCAAUAUGAGAUAUACUUUGCACAGUGCUGAACCAAAUCACUCUCUGUACUCUUUACUGCUGCCAUAGAAUGCCUGCUUGUACAGGUUUGGGCCCUCCUAUUUAUAGAGUGCAAGAUGCCUUUACAUGAUUAUGGUAAAUGCUAGGGCAUCUGCAUUUAAUGUUCAGCAUAUAGGACGUUAUUCUGAUCCACUGGAGUUGAUGUUCAAAAGAAAAUGUUUGCAUUCUUAGUUGGUGACAAAGUUCAGUUGGCAUCCUCUUCUAUUUAGCAUUAUGUACGCUUGUCAGUAGAAUGUGAUUUCGUAUUUGGUCUUUCCAGCAUGAUGUACUGGACAGUAAUUGGAGACCAUUCUCACAUAGAAGAAGCAGCAAUGGAUGGGACCUUGAGGAGGAUAUUAGUACAAAAAAAUUUGCAAAGACCAACAGGUACAGAAAACAUUGAUUUAUUAUACCCUCUCUUAAGUAAAUUCUUUUCCAAAGACUCGAUGUGUUAAAUGAUUUUUCAAUCUGUCACAAGGAUACACGUACUACGUGAGUUAAAAAUGGUUGAUAUAUUUUAAAUAUUCUGACCUGAAUUAGAAUUAUGUUUAAUGCAUUCUAAUUCAGCUAAGAAUAAUUAAGACAUUCUGUAGUUCAUUCAGAGGUGGUGAAGGUGCUGAUUCUGCAUUACGUCCCAUUCAGCGGACCACUGUGUGCUGCACCGGAUGGCAUCAUUCCUUUCCUUUUGUCCCCCUGUCAUUUUUUGAGGCUGCAGAUAUGUAUCUCUUUCACCUAUCCAGAAUUAAGCCUUUCACAAUUUCCUCUUUUUCUCCAGGUGGAAGAUCAAUUUUGUACUUUCAGAAGAUGAUCUUUUGUUGCUAUAUAUAACUUGCAGUAUUUGAUUUACACUUAUUACCUCAGUAGAAAUAAUAAAAAACCCUUUCAUUCUUAUAAAAUGUCAAAUUGUUACAGCAGCAGCAAGAAAUUAAACCAUUUUAUGGUUCAAAUGUUUUUACCAUCUGCAGCUCUUAACAUGACUCAGAUCAUCAAAGUAAUCAUUUAAUCAUUCCUUACUAAACCAUGGCCUAUUAGAUUUCACUGUAAUGUCAUUGCCUACAGGCUGAUAAGGCACAGUUCAUCAUUGUUCUUGGAAGCUGUGGACCUCCAGAUAUUGUUUGACUACAGCCCCCAUCACCCCCAGUGUGCCUGGCCAAUGGUCAGGGACAGUGGGAAUUGCAGUCCAGCAACAUCUGGAGGGACAAAAGUUUUCCACCUGUCUUAGAAAUGCUAAUAUUUAUAAACUGUGAAGAAAUGUGCAUAGGAUCAACACUAUGUUAGCAGACACACAAUAAUAAUAGAGGUAGCUUCUCAUCAAUUUUUUUUUGGUGUGAAUUAUAUAUAGAGGUUUGCAGUAUCCAAAGGGACCUUAGCUCUGCAGUGCAGCAAGCCAAUGAAAAAAACAAGAAGGGGAAAAGGGAAUGUUCUUUAAUUAAUUGAUUCCUAACUUUCAUCAAUAGAUGAUCUCAGGGCAGGUCACACAACAAGACAAAAAUACAGCAACAUAAAAUCAAACAUAAAAUAUUUAGCAAACGCAUCACUAUGUAAAAUAAUAUACAUCAUCCCCUAGUUGUCACACUCUGAUACAAAGACCAACGUUGUUUAUGUAAAAGCCCAAAAUAAAUAUUUUCGCCUGACACCAAAAACUAGCUAAUGCUGUCACCGUUCUAAUCUAUGGGGAAGUGUGCUCCACAAUCUGAGUGCAAACACCAAAAAGGCCUUAUUAAGAGACCGUAUUUGUUAGAUGAUGGAAUAAAUGGUCUCCCUGGUGAAUCUCAAGUUGCAGACAGGAUAGCAUGGGGGAAGUAGAAGAAUCAAGGAUUCUGUUUAUUAGCCCGCAUUCAGCCUCCAAGCACCGAUUAAGCACCUGCAGUGUUUCACAUUAUUCCAGUAGAUAGAGCUGGGUGUCAUAAACAUAUGUACUGGUGACAGCUCACACCAAAUCUCUUUAUGACCACUUCCAACAGUUUCAUAUAUAUAUAUUAAAUAACAUGGGGGACUAGAUCUUUGAGGGAUCAUGCACUACAACUUCCAAGUGGUCAGUCAGUGCUAUUUUCUGGAACCAGUCCCAUAGGAAAGAGUGGAAACACUGUGAUAAUGUGCCUCCACGUCAGAGAGUUGGUGAAGAAGGGCUGAUGGUACUGAAAGCCACUGAAAAAUCAAGUAGAAUGAGCAAGGUCCCACUCUGCCACUUCUUCUACUAUAAGACAUAGUUCAGUGCCAAAACUUGGAAUAAGCCAGAUUAAAAUAGGCCCAAAUAAUGUGAUAUGCUUCUUGUACCUGUUCUUCUGUGGUAGAAUUGUCAAUAAUAUUGAUUACUACUAUUCUUACCUGGCCAUAUAAGUGCUCUUAUCAUGGAUGGAUCAACCAUGCAGCAAUUAGAGUACUUAUUGCUAUCAAAGAAAGUGUAUCUUCCAAUACUCAUUUAUAAACCUAGAACUGCAAUCCUCUAUACAUUUAACUGGGAGUGCGUCCCAUUGAACUCAAGGACACGCAUGAGAUCACACAGUAAGCAACCAGCAGCAUAUUGCAUGGAUGAAAUGAUUGAGAACUUCUUACUACAGUUCUUUGCAUGUCAUUCUAUCAAAGUUUGACCAAAGUCUGCACUAGAUGGUUGUCAUACCCAUUAUAGCCGCAAGCCUAAUCCAGAGAAUAUAUACCAAUUCCAGGAUGAUUAUAGCUGAAUAAGUGAAAUCAACAUUGCUAAGCAGAUUAAAUUAUCUGUUUCAAACAGACAGUAGGUUAUAAUGCAAGAAGAUUCAGCUAGUUUAUUAACUAAAGUUGGUUCCAGGAAUUUUUGUUCAAUCACACAUAGCCUGUGCUGAAAAGUUAUGCAAAAGUAAAGGUAGUUUGGAUCUUCUUUGGAUCACUUUAUGGUGUUACGCAGUACUGGAUAUGAGGACUGACACAGAGUAAAAAUACUGGAUAGUAUUCAGUGAUGUUUUUGCACAGAGUGGACCCACUGAAAUUAAUGAACGUGGAUAAGUUAGCUCCAUUAAUUUCAAUGGCUCUACUCUGUGUAAAAUUUAACUAUUACUGACACAUGCUUAUAUAUAUAAACAAACCUAACCUUAUAAGCAAACGUCUAAAACUGUGUUUGCCUUUUGUGUUGUUGCUAUGUAGCGAGAAUGUGUUAUUUUUCUUACUAUUUUUCAAGAGAAUUAUUUUGACAAAAAUGUUGUUUUUUGCAGGUCUUGUAGUUGAUCUCUUCAGUCAGCGCUUGUUCUGGGCUGAUUUUGAAUUAUCUGUAAUUGGAAGUGUCCUUUUUGAUGGAUCUGAUUUGGUCAUAUGUGUGACCAGUAAGCAAGGUAUGUAUAAUUUGAAUCAAGUGGCCACAGACCCUAAACUGAAUCACAACGUAUAUCAAAAUACUGCUUUAAAGUUUAUUUCAUCUUUUUAAAAUUAGUUACCGUCUUGGAAAUGGUUAUUGCACUCUACGGCAGCACAAAAUGGGAUCCAGUGGAUUCUGCCCCAAAGUAAUUUAUAUUCUACAGGCAGUAAACCAGAUUCUUUGGUUAAACUACACCAUGCAAAUACAUUUAGUUUUAUAGAUAAGUCUGCAGCAUUUGGUCGUUGUGCUUGAAAAACAAGUUUUCAAAUUAUAAUUUAGACAAACAAAGUUAGGCUAAAGUAAAUUCUUCUUUAGUGCAGGGCUUGUGAUAUGAACAGGAUAUUCUUGGGUAUUUGUACAUCUAUGAGUCUUUGAAACUAUUAGAACGUAACACUUGAACAUCUACUCCUGGCAUAACAGGGUUGGGCUAUGGCUCUGGUCAUGAGGGAGAAGAAGAAACUCCCUGGGAAAGUGGGAAGCUCCCAAUCAGUUUUUUGCUCCUGCCUGAACAAAGCAGUCACUUUGCAAGAGAGAUGGGCUCCUCUCCCACUCCUUCAGUACAAACUGUUUAGAUCUAAGGUGCCCCUCAGGGGCUAAGCUAGAGAUUCCAGGCCUUCUCCUUUCCCUGAUCUAUUCUAACUUCGAAGAGACAGGACUGCAGGGAAUACCCAAAUCCCACUCACCCUGCCUUCUCCUGGCACAGACCUAUUCUAAUCGGCAGACCUGGAAGAAGAGGAAUGGAGUGAAGGGGACAUCUCAGAGGAACAGUCCCUAGAACGCCCACUAUCUAUCUUUACAAGUCCUUAGCAUCCUUAGGCUUGAAUACUACACUUCUUGAGUCCCCCUGCCCAAAGGACAGUGGUCCUCCCAGAAGCUCAACCAUCCACCAGAUCUGUGCCAAACCUAACAGUGGCAAAGAAGGCACUCUGUGAUGAGGGCUGUGAUGCACUGCAAAUACAGUGGUACCUCGAGUUACAAACGCCUCGGGUUACAAAUGCUUCAGGUUACAAACUUCGCUAACCUGAAAGAGUUACCUCGAGUUGAGAACUUUGCCCCAGGAUGAGAAUGGAAAUCGUGUCCCGGCAGCACAGCGGCAGCAAGAGGCCCCAUUAUCAAAAGCAUGCAACUAGUUAAGAACAGUUUCGGGUUAAGAACGGACCUCCGGAACAAAUUCAGUUCGUAACUAGAGGUACCACUGUAAUCAGUUUUUGUCUCCUGCUACAUUCCUCCAGAAUCCUGCAGCAGAUUGAUGGGUGACUAUCAGGGGGUUGGACUCGAUGGGCCUUGUGGUCUCUUCCAGCUCUAUGAUUCUAUGAUUCUAUGAUCUCUAGCAGGGAAAUCAUGUAAAUCCUUCAUUGCUUGGGCACGCCAAAUUCUGCUUAUAUCAACUAGCAAUAUGUUGUUACCAGAUGAUAGCAUCUAAAUUGACAUGUACACAUUUGUUCUUCUUCAAGGAUUACUCCAUCCCCAUAGAAUUGAUAUUUUUGAAAAUUAUAUAUAUGGAGCAGGACCUAAAAAUGGUGCAUUUAGAGUACAAAAAUUUGGUCACGGCUCUGUAGAAUAUCUAAAUACGGAGACAGAUAAGACAAAAAGUGCCUUGAUUUCACAUCGCUACAAACAAACAUACUGUGAGUAUAUUUUGUUACUUUUCAAUACAAUAUUUUAAGAUCUUUAUAAAUUUAAGACAUUGUACAUUGAAUAUAUAUAUAUAUAUAUAUAUAUAUAUAUAUAUAUAUAUGAAAACGUUAUAGAUCGUGUCCUCCUAAAAUAGGGCACAUGUUGCGGUGAGAUCUGGAGACUGACCUCUUGGUUGUGGGUGGGUCUAUUGGAUAGCCACAGCACCCAGUUGGUAGUUUCCUCGAUGCUGGGUUUCAAUCUGGCCAAUGGGGUUGCAGUCUAAACGGACUGAGGGACCUAUAUAAACCCAUGCACGUGACCCAGAACUUCCUCUUUUGGCUCGUGCGUCAGAACACCCGCCCACCUCUCCCUAAUUUUAGGGCCUUUUGCGAUUGACCUUGCUAUGCCGUCUUGUGUCAUCUGUCAUAGCAAGGUCAAUCGCAGGAGCACAGCAGGAAUUUUCUCCACUUGACUGAUUGGCUGUUGCCAUUUGGGUUUCACCUGCCAUGCAGCAAAUCGUCACAACUUGUUAGGUUGCGGAUAGGCACUGGUUCAGGUGAUAGGGAUGGGAGAACGGUCUUGCCAUCCCUAUGUGAAGGGUAUUCCGUUAAAGGAAUCCAGGGACUCAACUUGGUUUGGUCAACCCCUGAAACGGGGUUGUGCCUGUGCCUGAGUCCAGAGGAGCAUCUGGGGAGUGAACAGAGUCUGCUCCCAGGCUUUUCACCUGCCUCAGGUGUUCACCCUUGGCUGACCCAUUUUAGAGCUCUGGGUCAGCGCUACCUGCAAGGGUGUAGGGAGCUAGUCAAGCCAGAGCCUAUGCAACCACUCACUUUUCUGUAAUCAAAAAAGUUGUGGCCUAAAUUCUGCCAAAAACCAAAACUAAAAUUUGAGUCAAAUGUGUCUUUAUUUAGAAGGGAGAUCUCUGGGUCUGAACACGCAACUUCAUAGGUGUUACGCAUGCCGGCAACGUGUACUCAAGUGAGUUAUUUUCUGGCAUCCUGGGAAAAAGUGGAUGCACUAGAUCUGCCUUUGGGUGGUGCAGAUUGCUAUUUAACUGAUACUGGUAGCCAAGUGUAUUAUGGUUGAUGAGAAAAUGGGGAAGAGAAGAGAAGGGGUGGGGGUUGGGGUAGAAAGCAUUUCAUGGGGAAAAAAACUAAAGGUAACCAGUACACUUGCAAUAAAAGACCAACUGCCUUCUUUCCUCAAUGCAGUUCGUCUGAUUUUGGGUCUCCCCAUCGAGCAUUGAUAUUCAGCAAAGAGUUGGGUGUGCACUUUUAAUGUUGCUAAUUAAUUGGCUUUGUUAUCUUGUAAAUAGUCAUAAUUCAGUUGCCAGGUAUGUGCGUAAAAAAAUUAAUUAAGAUAAACUUAUCUUUGGACUGACUGCAUUGUAUUUUCCAAGUAAAAUUGUUGAAAUAUUUUAAAAACAAACUGUCUUUUAAAUUAAAAAGUCUUUCAUUUUACAAAGCACCGUUAACUUAAAAAAUCUAUUCUGUAUAAAUACUUCAGACAUAAGAAUACAUCAUUUUUUUUAUUUUACCACAGCAUAUCAUAUAAAGUGAAGAUUACUCCCAAUAGUUAUAUUGAAAGAAGAAUUUUAAGUUGGGAAAACUAAUUGCCCAUUUUGAUACCUAGCCAAAGCACUUAGGUUUAGUGUUCUUUUUAUUCUUGAAAGUCUACUGGGACUUUUAGAUCUUGAUUAAGCAGAGAUAAUACACAAUUUAGGGUCUUAAAACAUACUCUUAGUUAAUUAUAAAUAUAUUUCUAAGUGCUUGAAACGUAACAGAUAGAGUGAUUGAUGCCCACCUAUUGAACUGUGGAAUAAAUAUAAAUUAUUAUUCUCAAACUGGAUGCAGUUACUUCUGUAAGCACAGAACCCAGUUGGAGAGCUUCAGAUAUUUAUAUGGCCUUCUAUCAAAUAUUAUAAUUCCUCAUGUGUUAUGCUCAGCCCUACCGCAUGAUAGAUGCGGGUGGCACUGUGACGCGGGUGGCGCCGUGGGUUAAACCACAGAGCCUAGGACUUGCCGAUCAGAAGGUCGGUGGUUCGAAUCCCCGUGACGGGAUGAGCUCCCGUUGUUCGAUCCCUGCUCCUGGCAACCUAGCAGUUCAAAAGCACGUCAAAGUGCAAGUAGAUAAACAGGUACCACUCCGGCGGGAAGGUAAACGGUGUUUCCGUGCGCUGCUCCAUUUCGCCAGAAGCGGCUUAGUCAUGCUGGCCACAUGACCCAGAAGCUGUAUGCCGGCUCCCUCGGCCAAUAAAGCGAGAUGGGCGCCGCAACCCCAGAGUCAGUCACGACUUGACCUAAUGCUCAGGGGUCCCUUUACCCUUUACCUUUACCGCAUGAUAACUGUGGAGAUGAGUACACAAAAGGAGGAACAUACAGAUAUUAAAGCAUUAGGAGAAAGGGUCUAGGAUGAUGCUACAAGUAAGUAAAUAUAUGCAGCAAAAUACCGAAGCUAAUGCUCCUCAGUACCACAGCCCAUGCAGCUGAAAUGUGACCACAGCUCAAGGUUUAGGGGCCUCAGCUUUGUUUUCAUUUAUGCAAUGGUUGCCCAGUUAUAUAAUUAAGAGAGAUACAAUGCAGUCUUAAACAUCUCAACUCAGAAGCAAGUCCCAUUGAACUUAAUCUGGAGAGACAGGUAUAUGAUUGUGUUGUCGGUCAUGUGCUUUAAUGCCUCCUGUUGAAAUCAAUACACUUUGACGGACUAGUCAGCCAAAUUUCCAUAGUUAAGGCUGAGGUCUAUAAGAUGUUUCAUGACAUGUUUCAAUAUUCCUCCAAGUCCCAAGGCCCCCAAAACUGCAGUCUCCUCCAAACCCAAGUCCAUGUCCCAAAAGUCAGUUAAUCCCUGCAUAGAAGGAUCUUUCCAACUUUCCUUCUUCCGUCCAAGCCGGGAUCCAAUCUUCAAAAUCUGACUUUUUCUAGAUUCAAUCGUAGAAGGCCUCAACUUGUAGUCCUCAAUUUGCUUCUGUGUGGCUGAAAAUCCCACUUGUAUUAGUUUAGGCUCAGCCACCACAGCUUUCUCUUUCUCCUCCGCAAUCUGUCCAACCAAAGCAGAUUCUUGUGCCAAGUCCUGAAUUGUUCCUGUAUUGAUGCUCACUUUUUGACUCCAAUUAGUUACUUUUUGGUCCAAAUUGUCAAUUUUAAAAGAAGUGUCAUCUGUCUUCUUAUGGAGCUGUUCCAGCAAAUAUCUUAUUUUACAUAAUACCGUCACAAUGGUUUCUCCUAUCAACAUUUUGAGUGGUCCAAGGUCAAACUCUAGUUCUCCCACUUACUUAUCAUACAGCUGGUGCAGUCCUGUGACAGUUUCAAAACUCCUCUAGAGGGAAACAGUCUCCACUUGUAUCAAUCCUUUCAAGCACAAUUCAGACCAUAAAAAUAGUUUCACUUUCCAGUUACUUUUCCUCUUUUAAACGCAGAAGAGGACAAUGGAAACAGUAUCUUUCUCUUAUAUAACUAGUUGUCAAAAAUGUUCUGUUCACAGUCAAUGAACUCUCCCAAAAUUUCCCUUUUUCUGGCAGCCCUUUUCGAGGUUCGGAGCAGUGAUAAUUUGAUUUUUCACUCCCUCCUGCAGGCACGCUAAGUCCAAAAUCCCCCCCCUUCUCCUGCUUCCAGGGGGGUUUUUGUAACUUUAACCGAUGAAAAUUCAAUCCUUUGCCAAAAGCUUCCAAAGACUUUAGCUUAUAACGUCUUUGCUUCAAUCUAUUUACAAAAAAGAGGAAGGCGGACUUCCUGUUUAAAACCUUCCCCGUUUCGGUGCCAAAUUAAAUUAUUUGAAGAUCCAAUUUUGCGUUCUACUCACGGGCAGUUGUUUAAAGUCCAAUUGUCCACAGGAAAAAGUCAGCGCUCUCCGGCAACAGCAAUGCGGCUUCACUCCGCGAAAAAAGCAGUCGAUUCGAAGCACCGCGCCACUCACCCCACGUCGCUCCGGAUCACCGAAACUGGGUUUCCCCGCGAGUAGGGGAGGCGCAAAGGUGCCAGCCGAAACCCAAGUUAUACACUUAAAAAUUUUUUUGACUGGAUUGUUUUCUAAGUAGAAAAUUCUCCAACCUGUCAUUUUUCUGUAUCGGAGUUUCUGCGUCACAGGAUUUUAAAGGAACAUUAAUCUUAAUUACUUGAUGACUGUUAUUAAUACUUAUUAAAAUAGUAAUAGAACAGCAGAUUGCUUUAGAAAAUAUUCACUGACAAAAAUACUAUUUCUGGAAUUAAAUGCAUUGCUAAUUAUAUAAAGCACAAGUUGAUUCAUAGAGAUUUGUUCAGGGCAUGACUCUUAAUUAAUUUAAGGCCUUGGCAUAUUUGUUUAUUCUUUAUUUCAGAAAUAAUUCAUUUAUGCAUUUCUGAUUUUCCUCCCUCUUCAAACAGCACUCAAUCCUUGUUUGGAGUUUACCUGCGAGUUCCUCUGUUUACUCAACCCUUCAGGUGCCGCUUGUGUAUGUCCUGAGGGAAAGUCAUUGUUUAAUGGAACAUGCUGUGAUUUGAGCAUUUUAGGUGGGUAUUAUAAUUUACUCAAGAAAAGGUGAAUAAGAUUAUGAAUGUACAGCUACUAACUUAUUUGUCUCCUUUUUGGCAAAUGGCCAACAGGAGAACCUUGCAGAAUUUCAGUUCCUAUGGUUUUGUAUAUAAAGGUCUAAGAACUAAUGCAGGCAUAGGCAAACUUGGCCCUCCAGAUGUUUUGGGACUACAACUCCCAUCAUCCCUGACCACUGGUCACAAAACAUCUGAGGGCUGAGUUUGCCUAGGCCUGAACGAAUGGAUGAGUUUUGAAAAACUAACAUUUCAAAAACUUUAACAACUUCAGAAAAAACUUACUAAAUUGCAUGAAAUGCAUGGAGAAUUGAAAAGUGUUAACUCUGACUUGUGCUUCUCUGCUAAAAUCUGAGAUUGCACAUUCAUUUCAGUCAUCGUAUAAUAGAUCAGAGCAAGAAAUAUUAUUAUUUCCUACAGCCAUAUCAUGUUAUGGAUAUGGAAAUGUAAAUGUGUUAGGAGGCACUAAUGUACAAAAUCAUUCCUGUUGCAUCAAUGCAUAUUUUUGCCAAGGUGAAAAGUAGCUGACAUACAUUAUUUGUAAAGGCAAAUAUGCACAUUUUUGCAAGAUUUCUGAAAUGCUUAUAGCUCACAUGAUUCACAUCAUUCUAGCAUUCAUUUCCUUUCAAUGCCUGGCUUAACAUUUAUAGGAAUUUGAUCUGCAUGUUUAUGCUUUAAGUACAGAUGAUACAUGUAAGCUGACUUGUGAAAAUGGAGGAAGGUGUGUUAUUAAUGAAAAGGGUGAUCAAAGAUGUUACUGUUGGCCAAGUUAUUCAGGGGAAAGAUGUGAAACUAACCACUGUAACAACUAUUGCCAAAAUGGAGGAACCUGUGUAGCUUCUGUCCUUGGUGAGUAUUUCUACCAUUUUUCAGUGAAAGGUUAGUAGUUGAUGAAAUACACAAUUUUGAAUGUCCAAAUGCACAUGCAUUAUACAGGAAUAAAUAAUCCCGAUAAAAGAAUAUACAUGCACAGGAAUAGCUUCCAUAUCUAUGGAUUCUUCCAAUGUGCCCCAAGAAAAAAAUGUUGCGAAUAGAGUAUAGAGCACCCAAAACCGGCAGCAAGGCUUAAUUAAAAGGGUUUCCCCUUUGGAGACAGGAAUGCAAUUCAGGGGCCCUUUCCCAUUUCAUGUCAGGUAGAACAGGAAGGUCUACAAAUGAUACUGCACCUGUCGAUCAGUGGAUCAGACAUAUUACUUGGUAUAACAACAAGUAAACAAUUAAGCAAAUUGCAGGUUAAUAUUCAUAGUGUGCUGGGGGUUAAAAUUGUGCUACACAAUCUUGUAAAUUAUAGAUCUUCAUUAUCUGGACACCAAUGUUAAUUUGUUAAACAAAUCUCACCGGCAACUCUUAGAUUUAUUCAUUAGUGGUUUACUUACAGUUAAGCCCUUUGGUAAAUUCCUCUGUGGACAACAUGUAAGUAGAGUUUGGGGUAGUUUUAAUUAAAAUGUAUAAAUUUGUGACAGUUGUAUUGAACUAUUAUAACUGACCAGAGAAAAUGUCAUCUGUUAAUUAAAAGUGUAGCUCUGACAAACAUAAUUAAAACCUAAAGCUGCAAUACUAACAAUAGCAAAAGUUUAUGAAAAAUGUACUUUACUUUUUCAAGAAUUAGUGUCCAAAAUACAACAGUAGAAAUGAAUUUAUUGAACUCAUUAACAUGUAGGAUUAGAUCCACACAUUUGUAACAAAUAGGGGGAGGGCAGAAGCUGACUGUCCUGCCUCCUACUCUCCUUGAUAACCCAUGGACAUGUAAAUUCCUCAAAGGACAGAGAUCUAUUAAAUGGGGUCAGUUGUGGUAUGAGGAGCUGAGAGGGAAAGGGGAUCACGGAGAAGUAGGAGCUCAGAGUUACCUGGGAGUAAGUACCAUUGAACUGAAUGAGACUUACUCCUAAGUACACAUGCAUAGGAUUGAAUGUUGAAGCUAUAAUCUUAUAUUUUGUUACCAGUUAUCACACCUGUGUGCCCAAAACAGAAACACCCAUGAUGCAGGAGGCGGCUCAGGGGAACCUCACAUUUUGCAGAAGGCUUUUUGUGAGGGAAUGGUGGACACACUGAUUCCCAAUCCAAACUGCAGCACAAGUCUCCACUUAUUUCUAUAGAAAGCUCUCAUUUUUAUCCCUUGAAGGGAGACACUGUGUAUAAGUCUGUAUAUGCUAAUGCUAGAAGCCUCUAUACCAAGAUGGAUGAAGUGGAGACCUUGGUCUUGGAUGACAUCAUUGAUAGAGUGGGCAUAAAUGGAAACUCGGUAGAAAGGAAAGAAUAUAAACAAUCACUAAGUGAAAUAGGGCAUUGAGUCCACCAAGCUAGAAGUGCCAUAAGGGGCAGACUCCUCUACAGUAUUGUGGUUGGUGAUACCACCAGAGUAAUUUAGUGAGUGUAGUUUGCCCAGUGUGCCUCAUUAGGUCCUUCUCUGCUGUCUUAGGGGGUAGGGAUACUACAACAUUGUAUCAUAGUUCCAGCUGCUUAUUUUGUAAUAAUGAAGCACACAUUUAAAAUGAAUUGGCUGUCAUUUAAGACACUAGAUCCCUAAUCAAGAAGUGCCUCAUUGAGGCCCUGUGCAUUCUGUUCAGCAAACACACACACACACACACACACACACACAACCAUACUUCAUAACCCUUAAAUGUUAAAUGAAUUCAAGAAGAAAAUUUAGAAUUUUAUAUUUGCGUAACAGAAACAGGGGCCAAAAUCACUUAUUGUUCCUCCAUUUCACUUAUGGGUCUGCUGUUAUUCUUUCUGCUAAUGUUAUUAAAUUUAAGUUUCCUUUAUUUGAGUAGUAAUUAUAAAAUGUUUAGUUGCACAUGGCAUGAAUGAUAAUUGGUCUGUAACAUACAUUUUUUUUUCUUAACUGCACUUAUAUGUUUUUCAGUCAAAAAUGCAUACAUAGUUUUACAAAUUCAAUUUCUGUCUUCCAGGAAGGCCUACAUGCAGCUGUACAGUGGGGUUUACAGGUCCAAACUGCAACAAAACAGUUUGUGAUAAUUUUUGCCAAAAUGGGGGGACCUGCACUGUCACUGCUGGAAAUCAGCCCCGUUGCCAUUGUCAGCCUGAAUAUACUGGUGACAGAUGCCAAUAUUGUAAGUAUUAUCAAUAUAAGGCAGCAAACCUAAAGCUUUGCAAGUUUAAAACAUGAAUAGCAACCUACACCAACUGCAUUUUUUUAUUUUAAAAAAUGACAGCUUCUUCUAGACACUUCAGGGCAGCCAACACCCAGAAUAAAACUAUAUAAUGAAAAUUUAUGUUGUAAUAAAAGCUACCCUAAUCAGACAAUCAAAAUAGCAGCCAGUGCUAUUGCGUACAAUUUUAAAGCUCCCUAAAGGCCUGCUGAAACCAGCUUUACAAAGCUUUCUAAAAUAAGCAGGAAUGAAUACACCCUGGACAAAGCAUUCCAGAGUUUUUUGAGCCACCCUCUGAGAAAGCGCUUUCUGUGCCUUGCAUUGUUUUCAUAACCUUCAAAGAGGAGGCUCUUAUUUAUAUUUUUAAUUGUAUCCACAUCAUGGCAUGUAACUCGUUACAGCCAUAAUUUAGGGGGGACAGCUGCCCACCUAAAUCAAUCAAAAUCCAUACAAAUCUGAGGUUCUGCCUCCCCGCAACAAAAAUCCUGGCUAUGCCCAUAUUUAAAUCACAACAUGCACCAUUAAUAAAAAGCGCAAAAACAAAGUUGUAAACUAAUAAAAAGAUUCAAAGCCAUGAAGUAUUUAAUUUUUUCUUACAAAUACUGUAAAAUUGGAAGAGCCAGAAGAAAGCCUUGGAACAGUUCUGAUACAAUGAAUUAUUAUAUUAUACUAAAGUAUUUCAUUUGUAUAACAAGAUCUGUCAAACAGCAAAAGAAAGAAAAUCACAUGCAUCUUAAAUAGAAUUUUCAUUGAGCACAUUUAUAGUAGGCAGACUAUUAAAUAAAUACAAAGCUUUUAAUGAAAACCCCCCAGCAAUAAUGGUGAUUCUUUUCUUAUUGGUAUUGAAUAAACUCUAUGGAUCCUAAAAUAACUUCAGUUGGGUAUUUGAAAACAAUAUAGUACAUAAAUCAAUGCAGACAGACACGCAGAUUAAGAAAAAAAAUAUUUACUUUAGGCUUACUCAAAAGCCAGACAAAUUGUUUCUGGUUGACUGCUUCUGCAAACAUCAUUUUUUAAAAAAGAAUUCAUUUAAAUGUAAAUUUAAGGGUACUUGCUACACUGUGUGUUGAUUAUCAGAUUUGAAUGUCUGCUGACAUAGUCUAAAAUAACAGCAUAUUUCAGAUAAACUAAAUCCAUUAAUGAGCAAAUAAAAGUAAGGAGAAGGAAGGGGUGUUAUUUAUUUAAAGCUUCCAAGGAUUUGAAAAUUAUUUAUUGUAAACAGUUGUUGCCUAGAUAUAUAUUAGACUUUGUGGUUUAUAGUAGAGAACAAUUACCUCCAAAUAGGCUUAUGUAGCUUAUCACUUAUUCAUUAUAAUAAACAACACUUACAACACCAUUAUGGCCUUAGUAUGUUCCUCAUGCAUUGUUGGAGUAAUUUUACAAUAAUCUUGUAAUGCAGGCCAGUAGUAUUAGCCCUUAAAUAGGAGUGGAGUAAAAUUUUAAAUCAAAAUUUUGAGAGAGAGUGUCAGUGUGGUAUACAGUGAGGAUGGGAGGUGAGGGUUCAAAUUUCUGCUCACUGGGUGACCUUGGGCCAGUCACAAUCCCUCAGCUUGUGUGUAGAAACCACUGUACACUGUCCUAAAUGUGUACCUAUGCAACCCCUUACUUACACACUCUCACAGACUAACACAAAAGCAUGACUUAUUAUAAGAGAAAGUCCAUACAAACUAAAUGCACAGUAACUAAUGUAAAUUUGCCAUAUAUUAUAUAUGCAGGACAGCAAUUAUAAUAAACACAUUCACAGACAGUGAAGAGAAUAAGCCCUUGUCUAUAAGAGAAAGCAAAGUGGUUUGAGCAUAGCCUUGUGUUUUUAAAACCCAAGACGACUGCCAUGUAAGCAAAGUUUCCCUAUUCUAGCUCUUGAUAGCUGAUCCUGUAGCAAUGGAAAAUGUUAGGGCAAUCCUUGAGAGUAGUGUGGAAGGUAGAGGAAAUCGUUGGAGCUGUGUCAACUAGCCAAACACAGCGAAAAAUAUGGGUAGAUGUUAAGUGGGUUUUCAAAUUCUAUGGAUGGGCCUGCAUUAAGGAGGGGUUUGAUGAGGUAUAUAAGUGGGGAGCUUAAUGGAAGAAGAUUUUACUUGACACCUAAGUGAUACCCAUGUUUGUCCAAAGAAAACCCAAAUCUGUAGAUUGAAGACACAGGGUUUGUGCAUUUAGCAAUCUUCUGAAAAUCAAAUAGUUGGUCUUCCUAGUGAUUCCUGUCACAUCUGCCCAACAGGUAAAAAGGUAAUAGAAAAGGCAGUUCCAAUGGAACUCUGUGGUCAUGCCAACCACAGUGAGCCAAACUGAAUGCUUACUCAGGGAAUAGUGGUAAGACUUAUUUGUCAUAAAUGAAAAAAGACCAUUGGCUAACUUAUUGAACUGCCUUGUGUUGCAAGAGAAGCUGUUGGUAUAAUCAAUCUAUUCAGAUGCUGUGUUUAACAAUAUACGGUAUCCUAUUUUUAUUACUUGUAGUAUAUAAAAUGUUCAUUCGUUGCAGAUGUUUGCCAUCAUUAUUGUGUUAAUUCUGAAUCCUGCACCAUUGCUGAUGAUGGCAAUGUAGAAUGUGUCUGUCCUCUACGAUAUGAAGGUCCAAAGUGUGAAACAGACAAAUGUAUAAAAUGCCAUGGAGGGCAGUGCAUUCUGGACAAGGAAAGCGAUGACAUAAUGUGCAAGUAAGUCUACAUUAUGAUAAAUAGUUAAAUAGGAGGAAAAUAUUUUAACAGUGCAAUGCAUGCACAGUUAAUCAACAUGUAUCAAAACAGUGGCACACAGUAUGACUGACUUCUUGUGUAUCAAGUCUGUGGUUCAAAUGUACUUGAACUUGAGUUGGUGCCAUAUAUAUGAGAUUUUAAAAUACACAUAUAUACCAAUUGUUCCGAUCAGCACAGAGAUUCAAAACAAGCCAGAAGGCAAAAAGAACAAAUAUCCCAGGAAAUUGUGUGUGUGUGUCUGUGUGAAUGGGAGGGAUGAAAAUCAUUAGUACCUUUCACUUCACUGCUAAAAAUGUAACAUAUUAAUCAGUGACUUCUGAUUCUUACCUGGAUAUAAAUUCACAUCCUUCAAUCAUUCAACUCAGAAUAAGGACCUGGGCAUGAGUAAGUCAGUCUGCUGUUUUCAUAUCACACAAUUAGGAUAAUUGGCAUGUGUUUUACUAUGGAACUGUCAGGACCAUCCAGAUAUGAACAAUUUGCUUAUCUUUGGAUAUUUAUUUAUUAUCCAAGGGCUUCUGACCUUCCUAUGCAUUAUCUUUUUUUCAACCUUGUACAAUCAAAUAACUGACAAUGUAAACAACAUGGGUUGGUAGUGACUUUGGUUUCUAGAAUCUGCAUUCAACAGUAAUAGUGUAUCUAACAGUAAUGAUGUUUCCCCUAUAGCUGCACAAAUGGAAAGAUUGCAUCCAGUUGUCAAUUAUGUGAUGGUUAUUGCUACAAUGGUGGUAUAUGUCAGUUGGAUCCAGAGACAAACAUACCCGUCUGUCUGUGAGUAUGCUGCUGUAUCUGACAAUCAUUAGAACAUUUUUACACCCAAUCAAUUCCUUGUGCCAUUUUAUCUUCUUUUCUUACCAAGUGUGGUGGUAAUGAAUUUUUUGCUGAUCCAGGUCUUUUUUUUUUUGGGUUUUUGACAGUUUUCAGAGUUUUAACUGGAAAUGAUAGAGGGGUGAUUGGCAUCUUUAAUUACAUAGUAUAUGUUAUAACUGCUCUUUGUACCCACUUGAAUUAGUGCAUAGAUAGAUAUGCUGAGCAUAUUUUCUCCUUGUACGUUUUUAGCAUCAAAUGUGUAUAUCUAUCUAUCUACUAUCUAUGCAUUUAAAAUAUGUUCGGCAAAAAAAGGCAGAAUAUUUAUUUAUUUAGCUGUAUUUUACUGAAAUUCUGCAGAUGCUCUGUGGGAUUUAAAAGUCAGCGCUGUGACCAGAAAGUGAACCCUUGUGAUUACUACUGUCAGAAUGAGGGAAUUUGCACUUUAACUGCGUUUAAUGAACCGAGAUGCAAGUAGGUUUAACCUUCCACUUAAUGCUGCGCAUUUUGUGACAUCAUUUCAGGCCACAGUUCAUUGGUUCACAUCAUGCACAUCCAUAUACAUUUCACAAUUUAUACUUAAUCUCAGGGUUCAUUUGUGCAAUAAAAUGUAGCUUUUGUGUAGUCUUGCUAAUGAGUGUAUUCAAGUAGUGUCAGAUAUACUAUUGCUAUAUUAUUAGGACAGGAUAUUAUACUACUAUUUAUCUACAUAAUGACAAUAAGGUGACAUGUCAGGAGGCUCAUAAAUAAGUCCAUAUUUAAAUAGCUUGAAGUUUAUAAAAAUGCCAAACUACACAUAAAUACAUCAUUUGAUAUUCUAAAACCUUACACUUUAAUUCUACAAUGUACAGAUUAAUUGAACAAGGAAAGCAGACAGUUUGUCAGCUGUUGGAAGUGAUAAACAUCUUAAUCAAUGUAAUAGAAAAUAAUUUUUAAAGCAAUUACUCCAAACAACAACAAAUUAGAAGAUCUGCCUUAUCUCUUUACUAUGUACAAUUUAUCUUCAUUUAUUGCCAACUUUUAAUCACAAUUCAGAUAUGAAGCUACGCUUGUCUUGUGCAACAGAAAAAUGAAUUAUCUUGAAUUCGAAACUCUCAUUUCUACUGAGACUAGGUGCAAUCCCACACUUAAUUAAGCAUGCUUAAACCAAGUGAUAGAAAUAAGCAUAAACAUACACUGUGUUUUGUGGGCAUAAUUUAGGGCUGCCCCAUAUCACUGAAAGCAACCUUUUAAUUAUGGUGGGGCACUUUGGUCCCCUAAUGUUUGAAAGCUGCUUCCCAUUUGGAUUGCCUGAGGAGCAUGGAGAACCUUACACACAAUGUGCUUGUGCCAGUCCAUACACUUAGCAGUCUUAUAAUAGAGCAUAUGCAAUGUAAAGCUGCUGCUACAAAUAAACAGUUCUCUAGCUGGCCAUUUUAAUUUUUCGCAGUUCGAAAGUUCUGCCAGCAGCAUGCUGGAAGUAUGGCAUGUCAAGUUUCUCUUUCCUUCUUUAUAUAUGGCUCUCCUUUGUGUACAGACUAUCAGUGAAGAAGUUUAGGAAGAAAAAGGUUCUGUUUUUAAGAUGUGAACUAGACAUUAUUUAAGACAUGUUUGGCAUCUAGGGUGUGCUAACCCCCAGCAUAAAUCUUACUUUUCCUUUGAGUUUUUCCUGCCAGAGUAUUUUGUGUACUCAGAUUUUGUGUACCCAUUCGCUAUUUUAUUUGCAAGUAUUUGCUUAUGUCACGUGCACUUACAAUGCAAUCCUAUACAUAUCUACUCAAAAGUAAGCCCACAAUGGGACAUACUCCUAGUCAAGUGUGUAUAGGAUUGUAACCUUUGUGGUUGUUGACUGUCCUUAACUCUUUAAAGCCCACUAAAUAGAAUACUUUAUCAAGAGUGAUACUAUUGUUUUAUUUCAGGAACCUUUUCAACCUGUGGGCCACAUUCUCUUGUAGGGAAACUUUCCAGAGACCACAUGCCAAUGGUGGAUGGGGUCAAAGAGGGUGAAACCAUGAAUGCAACUCUUACCUUUCAGCAGCAGGCUGCAUUCCAGCUACACAAACACUACACUCUGUCUAGAGAUAUAUGAACCAGGCAGUAGGGCUGGGCGAUAUCUGGUUUUUGAAUACUGUGAUAUACUGAUAUAUCACAAUGUCUGAAACUUUGUAGGGGCAUUGGCAGGCUUAAUGGUUUCCCCCACAUCCUAAUUUUUGCUGGUGCCUGCUCUUGUGAUUCUCUCCCUUCUGCAAGAGGCAGGGAAGAGCUGAGCAAGCAGAGUUAACAGGGGCUGCAGGAAUCAAAAUCUCAUAGUUUUCCCCACAUUGUGACUUUUGCAUAGCACACACAUCAUGAGUCAUGAUAUACUGCUAGAUCAAAUAAUAUCAUGACUUGGACUUCAAACUGGUUUUGGACAAUAUAUUGAUAUAUCGCCCAGCCCUACCAGGCAGGAAGCAUUAUUCCAAUUCAAGGAUGCAUUCCACACAGCCAAACAGACUCAAGGAGGAUGUGGAGUAGAACUGGGGUAAGGGGCAUGUCCUGAGGAAGUAGUGUGGCUAGGCAGAAAGGUAUGGAGGGCUACUUUCAGUUCCUGAGCGCUAGGCUGUUCACCCCUAUUUUAUUUGCAGUAGCUCCCAGUAUUUUGCCAUGACCCGAAGCAUAAGCAUGACAGAGUUUGGGAGGUUUUAAGGGAUAUUAAGCAAGGAAUAUAUUCCUAAAAGCUGGGGGUCACAUAGAUGGAUAGAUAGAUCCCUCCCCAACACAGCAGGUCUUAAUAAGAUAAUUUUAAAAGUAACUCUAAACCAAAUUGGGCACCUUUCCUAGAAAAUGGAAGGAGUAUUCAGUCAAAGAAUAGAAUUGCAAAGUUUAUAUAAGAUCACAGUUUAGGAUUCCACUGCUUAUAUUUGAUAUUUUUCAUGUCACACAAAAAGGUAGCAAUGCUGAAUUUAAAAAUCCGUCUUAAGGCUAUACCAUUAUUAGGCCAGCCGAAAUAUCACAGAAUAAUAUCUGCUGCCUCUUCUCACAUUCUGUCUUAAGAUUUACCAAACCGCAGUCUGAGAUCCAUGACUUUAUAUCACCAGCCACUUACCCAUCCCCCAACCCUCUUGCUUUGUUACUCUAGCCUGAUGAAGAUUUAUAGAAAACUCAUAAGCUUGCACACUACUCUGCGACAUUUUAGCCUAAUAAAGGCACUGCCCUAAGAUGAGUUAAGAGGUUUAUUAUUGAAUCUCAUAGAAUGUUGUCUUUCAUUAUCUGUUCUUUAUAAAAUGAUAUGUAAACUGGCAAUAUUGAGUUAUACUUCCUCUUUGAAUCUAAAAACAACAAAAAGCUUCUCUAAUAUGGUUCAUCUAAACAUACGUGGCUGCCCAAAUAAAUCCAAGGCACACAGAUCCAAAACAGACCACUCUUUCUGUCUCCCUUAUAAACACUGUAAUUGCUUCCUGAAGCAUCAUCAUCAUUUUACAUUAACCAGCUCAUUUCAUUUUUCCUAAGCCAUAUCAUCCUGAAGAUAUAAAUCUACUCUACUCAAAUGUGCAGAAAGGUUGAAGACCAACCAAGAUGCAUUAGUUACCUAAUGUAAUCAAAAACAGAAAAAGAUUUUAGGUGUUAUCUUAAUUAUCUCAGACUGAACUCAUUGGGACCUGCUGUUCAGUAGAUAUGUACAGGACUGCCCCACUUUGCGUGUCAAGGUCCCACAAGCCACCCACAAAUACAUCACAAUUCACACAUAAUUUUGUUUAAGGUUUUUGGCAUAAUUUUGGCCACAAAUUUAUGAAAAUACAUAAAGGUGAGUGGUUGCUUAGGCAUUGGUUCCGGCUAUCUGUCACCGCCAUCGGGACAGGACUGACUUCAGGAUUCCAGCAAAAGCCAGUCGGGGAAAACAAUAUUGGGGAGAGCAUGGAGCCGGGCACCAGACCCUCACCUCCCCCCGCAUGCUCCCAGGAGCUUGCGCGGCCCAAGCCCCAACCAGGGAUUUGGACGAAAGGAUGGCAAGCCCCUAGAUUUCUUUAAUGGAAUUCCCUUGCAGCAGCAGCAUUGGAGGGGCAGGCACCACCAAUCCAUACCCCUCCACCAACCAAUUUUUUAACCAAUGCCUAACCGCAACCUUACAAAUUGUGACGAUUUGCUACGCAGUAGGCAAAAACCAGAUGGCACCAGCCAAUCAGCCAACUGGACAAAAUUCCUACCAGGCCCCUGCCCCAAAAGCAGACGACCACAUGACAGGCAUAGCAAGGUCAAUGCAAAGACCAAUACCUAGGGAGGGUGGGCGGGUGUUCCGAUGCAUGCAGCAAAGAGAACAGUCAGUGCUGCGUAUCUUCAUUUAAAACCUUCUAGCCCUUCCCCUUAAUUGGCAACAUCAAAAUUUCCCUAGUAACAGGAAACUACCCAAUCCUUGCUAAUGGCUAUCCAAAGGAUCCCGCCCAGCAACAAGGGGGUGGCGUGCCAGACCCCACCGCAACACAUGCUCUCCAGGAAGGAGAACACGCUAAAUCAGUAGAUUGCUCAGAUAUCAGUGAAUCACAAAUAUACGCAAACCACUCCUUUUAUGAAUGCCACUUUACUUAAGUACACUGCAGAAUGGCAAAAUGCCGUCAGUGCUUCAGCCUACAAUGUGGAUUGAAUGAUUGAAUGUUUACCCUUAAAAAUGGAUAUGGCUCUUGCAGAAAGCCAUUGUUCUCAUCAAACAAUUGAAAUUUUAUGAAUGAUAUGAAACAUCCAUAUGCAUUCAUCUACACCUCUGUCAAGUGAGGACAGAACUGUAUAAUACAACAACAAUCAUUAACAUUUUCUUAACCGUUUCACAAUCAAGGGAUUCUUUUGAAAAAGGCUACUCUUCAGCAUACUGAACCAUAACAAGUUUAUAAGAACAUUUUAAAAUUAAAUAAUAUUAUCAAAAAUAUUUUGAUUUUUUCCUUCAAAAUCAGGCCCUUUAAAAUGUACAAUUUUUAGUCUAGAAUUGGCACACACCUUUUUUCAGCAUUAAUUCUGCAGAAUCUUUUCAGAUAACACCAAUCACAAAACUCUUUCUGUAAGCACUGACUCAAGUGAAUCUAUGAAUAUAUUUCAGAAAAUUAAUCUAAGGAUAAAAUGCUCUAAUCAUGUGAUUGCAGUAUGUAAAUAACAGGUUGGAUUCAAAAAGUUUGCUUGCAGAGGAAGCUUCUUUUGUUUGAAAAAAAGGAAUCUUUACAGUAGUCAGAUCUGCACUUUAUUGUUGCAGGCGAGUUUUUUGCAAAUUUCCUCUUCUUCUUACCACCCCCUGUACCCUCUAAAACUCUGCUCUGGAGGAUUGGGAGAUCCUACAGAAAAGUGUUGGAAGUAACAUUGUGAGGGGAAUACAAGGCAAGGAUAGUACCAUUACAAGAACCCUUCGUUGCAAGUAGUCGUCUGAUUACAGAAAGUGGCCUAAACCACAACCAACAAUUCUAAUAUACUUUAUUUGAGAAUUUUAGAUUUUAUUACAUAUAUGAAGUCUUCAUUAACAGUGGAAAAGUCAGGGGAAAGAGGAAUGAAAGAUUUAGGACAAGUGUAGAUUGCUGUGUGAGAACUAUUGUUCAUGAAAAAGUAAAGCAAGGGCUUUACUUUAUGCACAAAGUUCUCAACAUUUCACCCUCUAAUGCAGAUUUUGAGAAGAGGAAAGCACAAUUAAUUAUUAAUCUUAUCCAUACUUCACCAUUACAGGGUUGGUUACAGCAAUUUAUAAUUCAAUAUUUUUUUAAAAAAAAUAAUAGUUCAAAAAUAAUUAUAGACAGAGGAAUAUGGUGGGUACUAAAAUAUAUGUCUGAAGAGUCAAAGGCCAGAGUAGAGAGAUGUGUCUUCAGCAUACAAAGGUAUCUUUGGCCCAACCACUCCUUCACACUAGGAGAAGCCAGUGCAAGAGAUCCCACUAGUACAACAGGAGUUCUCCUUGUGUUCCUCCACAGCUCCCCCAGAUCCAUUCUGGAGGGUCAAGAGAACCCCCAGAACAGCAUGCAGGAGGACAAAAAGGGGACUUUACUGUCUAGCAAGCAUAAAUGAUUGUGCUUAAGGAAAGAGCAGAUGACUUCCUCCUUAUAUAACGAAGGUGCCAGAUGUACCUCCAUAGGGAGGGAAUGCCACAACUGCCACAGAUGUUGUCUUCACCUGGCCACGCAAACCCCUGCACCCUUCAAAAAACAAACACUACUGAGGGCAGUGGGCUUAAAAUUGGUUUUGUUGUAGAUGGACUCCUUCAGGCAGGGAUUAAGUUGAAGAAAUAAUAAUAAUAAUAAUACAGAGUAGGGCCCCUCUAUUGAUCUUAACCCACAAGAGCGUCUGCAGGGAACGAUCUGGUAUUUCAGAUAUUUUGGGCCUAAUUUGUUUAGGGCUUUAAACACUAAUAUGAGCACCUUGUAUUGGCCCCAGAACCAAACUCGCAACCAAUCCAGCUACCAUUAAGCACUUUCAAGAAUAGUUAUGAUAUGUGUAGAGAUCCUAUGGUAAUUAAUAGGAGAUAGAAAUGUUAGCCUCAGCUAGAUUUGUGCCCAAUGUGUUCACCAUUUAUAAUAAUAAUGCAAUAAUAAUUUAUAACCAGCCACCCGAUUUCACUGUUUCAAAGUUAAGGUACUAAGAUUUGACAUAUGAAAGAUUUUUCUCCAAAAUAAGGUUCUGUGAUUUACAGCACAUCCACAGAUAGAUGGACAUAUUUCUUCUACUGCCGCUAUUCGACAAUAUGUCAUUCCCCCUGUUUUUGAGUAUUUGCAGUCUACACCAUUCAAAGGUGUUGAAAUGAGUAUUGCUAGUACCAGGAACAUAGUCUGCUAAUUUUAAUAAUAAAUAGCUACUCUGGACUCAGCACAUGUAGUAUGCUAUUACAAAUGGUGUUUUAUUUAUCACCUGUGAAAUCUAAAUGUUAUUGUAAACCAUAGUGAUAUUUGCUGCACUGUACUUUACGGAUUUUUAAAGCAAGCAAUAUAACUGUAGAUUUUCAGUUAAGUGUACAAAUAUUACAGAAAUAAGUUUAGAACUUAAAAUCAGGAAGCACUGUAUCACAUACAUCAGUGCUAAAUUAGUUGUGGUAUUAUGACUUAUAGCCAGCACAAUUUAAAGAAAAUAGCAAGUUAUUUAUGUGUGUUGCUCCAUAGCAAUGAAUCUGUUGCCAUCAAGCAUAAGUAACAUGUAAACUGUCCCAUAUAAGCUACAAAUAUGUAAAGAAUUUUAAAAAUUUGUAUUUUCAGAAAUAGGGCCAGAUACUCACUGCAUAUAAACACAUUCAUAUUUCUUCCCUGGAAUGUAUCCAAACUUUUACUAUAUUUAACUUUUUAUCUUCUCAACUCUCUUAUACCAAAGUAUGCUUCCAAAAACCUUAGUUUCUGUCUGAUGGUCUAUUGCGCCCCGAGGCCCCCAAGCCCUUCUGCAAGUAAAUAACUUCACACUGACACGUAGUCAGUGUCAGUUGUUAAGUUAAUGAGCAAAAUUUCGGCCACAACUAUAUUGGUUACAGCAAACUGAGCGAUAUUGCCUUAGGCACUGACAAACUAUCACUGACUCCUGCCCUCCCAGCAGGGAGUCUGAAAGGAUAAAAACGCCAAACAAGGGAGCAACAUUGAUGAAGACCAACGAAGCUCACCCCGGGUUCCUGUGGUCCUGGCAUGGCCCUAGCCACUCAAGUGGACUUCAGACUGUUGGCAUACUGCCAGGGAGACAAAGUCCAUCAUGGCCCCCAAGCCACCUCCGGAUGUCCAUCGAUCUCCCGUAGAUACAGUAUCAGCAAUUAGCGACACAAGCUCCAGAAAUAGCCUGCUACAUUCCAGAGCCGAUGCACGCUCUAUCAGCAGAUAUUGCACAGCGAAAGAUGCACGCAGGAGAGCAUUAUUUACAAGUUUAUUCAGCGUUGAUCAGAACAAAGAAAACAUGACUGCCUGCUUCAUGUUUCAGACACAGAGAGAGAAACGAAAGCAAAGACACAACAGAAACAUCCUGUGAACAGGAAGCCUGCUCCCUUUUAAGGUGGAACGGAAAUAUCCUAACACGGACAAGAUCCAGGACCCCCAGAUUUCUUUACCCUUAUUCAUGGAGGGGCAGGUGAUGGCCACACCUCCCCUCCCAUACACUUCAUUAAGCCAAUGCCUAACCGCCAAACCUUACACAGUUGUGACAAUUGCUAAGGGGGUAGGCGAAAACCAAGUGGACACUGCCAAUUUGCCAAAUGGAAAAAUUCCUACCCGGCCCCUGUUCCAAAACAGGCGACCAACCAACACCCGAAGCAAGGCCAAAGCAGCAACACCUACAAAUAGGGACGGGAGGGCGGGUGUUCGGCAACGUGAAGCAAGUGCCUCAGCCACAUCGCGCUGCCGCUUUUAUAGGCCUCCACCAAUCACGCCAACUGCACUGAUUGGCUCAAAUAGCCUGGUGUGAUUGUGGGGCCAUACAGACAAGGUCUGGGCCAUGCUCAGCGCCUUCAACCUGGUGGGGGUCCUCUCAGGGGCCCGUGCGCAACCAGGACCCUCGUUAAAGAGGAUCCCAUUUGCAGGUAAGUUAGGGCUGCUAUAUAGACCUGAAAAAUUGAAUAGUGGUGCUCCCCCUCUCCCCAGAUGCAUGUGUGUGUGUGUGUGUGCACGCAUACACAUUCAGCGCAGCCAUAUAACGGAUUGCCACAUCCUUUCGGUCAUGCAGAACCUUCCUGGGGUUGCAUGGCAACUGCAGGCAAGGCCGGAGCCUGCAUACACAUUCUAUUCCACCCAGUCUCUCUUCCAACAUUCUGCUGCUAUUAGCAAGAUACUUAGAAACCAUAGAUGAAUUGCAUUUCUCUAUAUAGGAUAGAAGCAGAUGUGAUACUAAGACAAGUUUUUCCAAUAGUUAACAUGUUUGGGAUGGAGAUACAACAGUGCAAACAUAUACAGGACAGAUGGCAGCAAACAUUAAGACAGAUGAUAGCAAACACUUGUACUAUUAGCUUAAAUUUAACUUUGAUGAUUUCUUCUUGACUUAAAGGUAACUUUUAUACAAGUAUGAAAAUAGAGUUGCUUUUAAUACUUUUUUAUGCUGAAUUGAUCAAGUGUGUGUGGUUCACAGUGUGCAAAGAGCAGGCUAAUUGACUUGAACAUUACAUCGCUACAAAUUCUAUUUCAGCGUUAAUGAACCUCCUUGUCUGAGGAAAUGUGUGUGUAUGUGUAUAUGUGUGUGUGUGUGUGUGUGUGUGUGUGUGUGUGCGUAAUCAGUCUGCAGACAGAUUUUACUAGAACAAAAGCUAGAAGUAUACUUUUCCUUGGAUAAGCAAAAUUAACAAAUUAAUAACAAUAAAUACCACCAAUAUAUAUUUCAUCUAAUAAAAUAUUAUGGUGGCUAUCUCUACACCAUACACCAUGCCAAUCAAUUUUUCUCAUCUUAAGAAGAUGAACAUUAAAAUGCCCUGCUUUACUCUUGCCUUUACGAUGAAAAGCGGGCUCAAGUAUUGGCAGAUAGAAUACCUGUCUUCCAUCCAUGAGAUGUAGAAAAGUUUAAGGCUUUGUUACAGGAUUGCCUUCUUUUUUACUCCUUUCAAUCAAUUGACAAGAAUAGUUAACUAGUUUGCUCCUCAGCACUGUCUCAUAAAAUUUAUAUCUGGCAUGAUAUAAAGCAGACAAUUUUUUUGUGCCUACAUUAUCAGAAACCAGGUAUACUCUAUUUCAGUCUCCUUCAGGCAUCUUCCUAGAUGCUUCCCCCCCCAUUGACAGACAUCUCUGAGGUAGAAUUAGUUUUAACAGAGUGAUCUCAUUUGACAUUGCUUCUCUGGAAACCAUUCCACCCCCACCCGCAAUCAAUUAAUGCAGGAGUAUCAAACAUGGUGUUUUCCAGAUGUUGUUGGACUCCAAAGCUCAGCAACCCCUGCCAUUAUGUCCAAAGGUUGAGAGCUGUAGCCCAAAAACAGCUGGAGGGGGCACCAGGUUGACUACCCAUGAAAAUCAGCCAAUUAAAAUAAUGCAGCCCAGGUAUCACCCAAGCUUAAUGGAUAACAAGCAACUCAUUUCAGAAUAUUCCAUUUUUAAUAGCUUUUCAUUUCUACUUGUGGCCUGUUCAUAAAAAGCACAAUUAUUGCUCAGGAACAGAAAUAAUUGCUACUUAUAAGUCUAGGAUUCCUAUUUUGGUGCUUCUAUUAGUCUAAAGUCAAUACAUUUUAGGUUAAGACAUUUUGCAAAAGACACAGGAGAGAAUAAAUAAAAUGAAAGCAGUUUUGUAAGUAAAAAUGAGACUUCCCGGUUUGUGAAUGUUUAAUGUCAUCAGUCUCUACUAACAAGAGACUUUAUAUUUAGUUAUUAUCUGUGACUUUCAUUGCAGGUUUUGAUACCCAAUGUUAACAGUACAAACUGGCAUUCUUGUAUUACCACUUAAAUAUUUUAUAAAUUUUAUUAUAUAUUUUGAUAAAUAUUGAAGUAAUGAAAAUGGUAGCAUCAUUACACCUUACUGGAGACAAAUUGUGUUUACUCUAGAACAUGAUUUUUUGGUCAUUAAUAUGGGCUAUGUCUAUUUAAUAUAUUUUUGUAUAAUUUGUAGGUGUGAAUUGAUUUUAUUAUCUUAAUUGGGUUGUUUUAGAUGCUCCACCAACUGGUCUGGUACACAGUGUGAGAGGCCAGCUCCUAAAAGCAGCAAAUCUGACAAUAUCAGUACAAGUAAGUUUUUUUGAAUAACAAUGUUAAUAUAAUUUAAGCCGUUAUUUAAGGAACAAAGCAUUUUUUGAUAGCAGUGGAAGUUAUUGGAAUGGGCAUUUUGCUACUGUUAUUGACAUUAAUUUAUUGUAUCUUUAUUUUUUAGAUCUUAUGAUUUAAGUGGAAAUUGUUCAAUUCAGUUGUGUAUUUUUUGAUAUUUUCUUUAUUGUUUAUGACUACUUUUGUUAUGUUUGUAAUGUAAAUCUUUUCAUAAUGUAAGCUGUCUUGGGCAUGGUUUUAACUUUGGAAAGGCAGCAUACAAAUAAAACGAUGAUGAUAAUUGACCAUUCCUGUGGACAUGUGGGUCGCUCUGAUAUGAAAAGUAUGGGGCAACUGUUAGAGACUAACUAUGUGAAAUGUUUAUUAUGUAGUUUGCCUUUGCAAACAUUUUCUUUCACAAAUUGACAGCAUGGAAGCUCACAAUUUGGAACGGGACACUGGAAAGGGGGAGGUUAAUUCUUUACACUGACGCAGUCCUGAUAUGGAUAGGGGGCCCUGCAUCUGCAAUUUACAUUGGACCAUUUAAUCAAAUGGAAGAUUCUUCUCCCUUGCCAUGCCAUUUGCAGUAUUAGGGAAGGGGUAAUGAUCUCAGUCAGGAUCAAAUAAGGGUAAAGGUUAAAGCUCUGCUACCCCUCCAUGCCUGAAUCCCAAUCAAGGUCCCCACAGUGGCAGGUAAUUUGUGAACUAAGAAGCAUGACAUCUAGUUUGGGCCAUAAGAAGACAAUAGGAGGAAAGUUUACAAGUGAUGGAUAAAGUUUGGUUUCAGUUAGGAGAAUUGCAGAAUAAAUCGAAAUUAAUGGAAAACUAGGUUUUGAAAAAGCACUUGACAGAAAAGAAAGUGCACCAAAUCAAAGUUAGUUAUGUAACUAAGAAAAUUCACUUUUAAAAAGAAUUAAGUGUUUCUUGCACACAAUCUGGGCUAUUGUGUCCAAGAGGAUAACCGGGCAGGACCUGUUUGUGCUCAUCAAGUAAGAUAUACAUAUGCAGAAACAUGUCUUUGCAUAUGUAUACUCUCUAACUGGGUUAGAUACCUAUUUAGACAAGUCGGUGGUUAAUAAGUAGUUAAGAAAAAGUUAAGUAUGGUCCCUAGAUCAUUACAUUUGAGAAGUCAAAUGUAAUGUUUCAGCAAAUAAACAUGUUUGGCAUGUCCUGUGCUUACAAACUUUAACCAUAUGGUAUGGUGUCAUGAUCACUAUCCAGAAGGCUUGUAAUCUACUUUAACAAACUGAAACUGGGAUAGAAUAAAAUAAUUGUAGAGUUGGAAGAGACCAUGAGGAUCAUCUAGUCCAGCCUCUUGCAAUGCAGGAAUAUGCAGCUGCCUCACGUGGUGAUCAAACCUGCAACCUUGGCAUCAUCAGCACCACACUCUAACCAACUGAGCUAUCUAGGAGACUGGUGACAGAUUGAUACACAAAGAGGGACUGGAGUAUGACUGUCAGGUGGCAGUGAAAUGGCUAAUAAAGAGAAAUUAAAUAGUUCAACGAAUGACUUAGUAAAAUGUCAGCUUUGAGAAAGGCAGGCCAACUGCUGGAACUUAAUAGCAGAAGGAAUUUAAACUUUUUAUCUUGUCAUGUAGAGAACCCAAAGAUACUUCUCAGUAGAAUAUUUUAGAAUCAGAACACUGGAAGAUAAUGAACAACUCUAGGUCAGUCAGUGACCUGGUUCAGACGUUAGUUUGAAAUGCAGUUAAACUGAACUAUAGUUUAAAAGGUGAACAUAAUGUGUGCUACUGUAAAUGCUUUUCCCUGUUCAGGCUGCUUCCACACUGCUGGGAGCUAAGAUAUGCUCCUGCUUAGUAUCAUGUCAAAACCAGAGCUGAUGGUUUGUUUCUCUCCAAACAAACCCACGAGCUGUAACCAAGGUUUACUCUUGGCUCACAGCUUUUGGGGAGGAAAGAAACUACAACUCAGGUUUCAGUUGACACAAAAACAUUUAACAGCUUCCAGUAUUCCAUCCCUACCUUACCUUAUCUAUUUGUUAAAACCUGAUCUACAUUACAAUCAAAGCUGCAUGUCACUCUGCUUACUGAGGUAUUAUCAAAGUUUCCUUGCCAAGUGUUAAAUUAUCAGUAGUCAAACCUGUUUCUGUUAUUUGUUGCAGGAAGCAUUGCAAUCAUUGUUCCACUCGUCCUCUUGGUGACCUUGAUUACUACUUUGGUAAUAGGUUUGCUACUUUGUAAAAGAAAGCGAAGGUAAGAAAUUUCUGUCGAAGGAAAAAGAAGCAAUUUACUGGAUAAGUUCUAAGGACAACCAACCUUGAAUGGUGAUCAUGGUUGUGUAAUUUCAGUCCAGUCCUAUCUCUGCAUGGCACUGUGUGCAGAUACUCCAAAGAAUUUGCAAUAUGAAAUACCAAUGGGGAAUAUAACAGGAACAGAGGUGGGAGAGUCAAUGGUAGGGCUUGAUGAAUUUGAGCAAAUGUGAUACACUUACGGUACUUAAAGCUUGAUCAUAGUUGGGAACUAGGAUUAAGAAGAUGAGUCAAAGGCCACAUAGAGAAGGCACAUUUUCAGAGGAGCCUUGAAGGAAAGGAACAAAAUGACACCAGCUACAUGUUCAUGGCAAAAGUAAAACAAAGCAAAAAGAAGGGAGAAUGGGCGUGACUGUUUAAGGCAGUAAGAGAGAGCUAGUGGAGCGGACAGCAUGGGCAUCAACAAAUCAAGACCAACAGAUACGAUAGGUAAGGACAAUAUAUUUAGGCUGGGUACACAAAGGGACAGCUAGUGAAGUGGGGAAUCUACUGCUGCUGCUACUGCUGCUACUACUAACAACAACAGCAACAGCAACAAUUUAUUUGUACCCAGCCAGAUGGGUGGGGUACAAAUUAUUUAUACUGCCCCAGCCACUCUGGGCAGCUUCCAGCAUAUGAAAAAACACAGUAAAACAUUAAACCUUAAAAAGCUUCCCUAUACAGGGCUGCCUUUAGAUGUUUCCUAAAUGUUAUAUAAUUACUCAACUCCUUAACAUCUGAUGGGAGGGCAUUCUAGAGUGGGCACCACCACUGAAAGGCCCUCUGCUGGGUUCAGAUAAUUGUCAUACCAUCUGAAUGUGGCAGAGGGCCUUUUCGGUAGUGGUGCACUUAGGUAUGCAAGAAGGGCAUUAAAACUUGGCAAAUAACUGGAUAUAGCGUACAAAGAAGAGACGUGAAACCUAUUUACCAAGGAGACCGGACAUAGGCUAAAGAAAGGAAGACUUGGGAGGAAAGAGAACUGAUUCUGGCUUAGACUUGCUGACCUUGAUAUUGUAAUUAGACAACAUAGUGGAGCAGCAGUAGUAGUAGUUGUUGUAUUCUGCCCUUCAUCCGAAGAUCACAGGGCGAUUCACACAAAAAAAUACAAAAUGAGAACACAACAUCAAUAGUAAAAACAAAACAAAAACUCCCUUCCCAGAAACAAAUAGAGCAAUUGGCAGACAGAGAGACUGGGAAGCUGUGGGGUAUCUAUAGAGGUAACGGGGCAACAUAUAAGAGGUACUGAAAGUCAUAGGAAUUAAUAAUGUUUUCCAAGGAGAGGGAUAGUUGCAGAAGGGGUGUGUUUGCAGAGGAAAAGCUUCCCACUCCCCUUGGAAACAUUGAAAAUUAAUCUGGCAAGGCAAUCUCCCCCCCACCCUGAAAAUCACUUCCUUCUUUUCACAGAUUUUUUAUACACACACACACACACACAACCCAAUACAGAGAUUAAUUGUUCACUCUUUCCCUUGUGAUAUAUUUUAGGGCAAAAACAAUCCGACGACAACCAAUUAUAAAUGGAGGAAUCAAUGUAGAGAUUGGAAAUCCAUCGUAUAAUAUGUAUGAGGUGGGCCAUAAUCACAACGAAAGAGGUCUUUCAGAUUUUACAUUAAAUCCAGAAAAGGUAAAAUCAAAUAUUUGUUUCCUAAUUCAAAUAAUUAUGUUUUAAAUAAUAGCAAAAUAUUGUCAUUGGGUAGGAUCCAAAGGUAUUCUUCCAUUUGCAAAAAGAAGCUCUGAUCCAGUUAAGGCUCCAGCUAAUAUGCAAGGAAGGGGUCAAUUUUUGCAAAUUUCUCUUCUCCCCUCCAGCCCUCCUAAGUACUUCCCACACUAUUUCAGAGUGUUCCAAAGCUCUCUGGAGGUGGGGAAAAAUAAAAUUGGUGAAAAUGCCUCCCUUUAUUCAGUAGUGGCUGGUAGCUUUUUGACUUGGUAGGGCUGAAUUUUUUAACCUGCUCUUUCAUCACAAUAGGAUUUUGACAGCACUUAUUUAAGAAGCUUGCCAUUAUAUGUGUACAGACUGACACUGUUUCUUUUUUCUCUGCACAUCUUUGGACAGGGAAAGCGUUUCCAUGUAAGAGGGUCUAAGUAGCAUUUUCAGACAAGAUUGACUCCGCACCUCUUACUUAGAAAUUAAGCCGUAUCACAUGACUAAGUUUGUGAAUUUAUGUAUUGUUUACACCUAUACAUCCACUGCCAGAAAACAAAACACAUAAAAACUUUUAAAAUGCCGGGAAAACUUGCUUACACAGGUUUCCUCUCCCCAAAAUCAAUUUAACUAUUUAUAAUCCAAAAUAUACUUCUCUAAAUUAAAACAAAAAACCCCAAAAGUAUUCCAACCGUCAGGGGGGACGGACAGUUUCAUUUGAGCCAUUAGAACAAAUCAGAACAUAUUUGCAAUGCAUGGAUCAGUCCUGAAAAUGUGAAGUAAUAAUCUCUGCUCAUGUGCAAAAGCUCAUUACACCAUACUAAUCAUAAUUAACCUAUGUUAUGUCUGAGGUUUAGGAGAAUAUCUUCCAGAUUUGAGGAAGUAUGUGGAGUCAUAGCCAGAUAGGAACAGUGCCCUAACGUUUCAUUUCAGAAGUCCACUGACAAACUUAUAGAAGAGCAAGGUAGAAAUAAUAAGAACAGAAUGUGUGGCUUCAAGAUUUUGAGAAGGGAUUUUUAAUUAUGUGACAUUUUCAGUGGGAGGGCUGUGGACCAGCCUCCACCACUCUUACUGAUCAGGGCCUCUUCUGAAAUGGAAAGACUCAUUUGAAUCCAACCCAUUAUUUCCAGAAUGCUUAAUUUAUAAGUCACAAAUGCAAACAUUCAUGUGUGAAACCAGCUCAGUAUUAUACACUGUAACAAUUGUGAGUUGUUCCUAAUAUAUAUUGAUUAUUUUCAACUGAAAAACCGUAAUACUUUCUUUUCCCCGCCAGGUAUUUGAAAUCUGCACUAACCAUAUGCUUUUACCUAAUUAAUUUUGAAGACCUGUGAUGGGAAAACACUCUCUUUCCCGCUGCUACAAAAUAUCUCAUGCCUGAGACUGCUCAAUGACUUAUUUUACAUAAUGACCAUUGUACCAUUCCCAAAUUGUUCAUUAUUCAAUGGUGAUGCUGGAGCGAUAGCAAGAUAGUGAGCAAACAGUGUAAAAACUUAAGAACCGCCUGGAACUUUAUAGGGAUUUAAAUUAUUUUAAUGAUUAUCACUGCCUGGAUGGGUCAGAGUUAUCUGGCCCAGCGUUCUGUUUCUAGCAGUGUAUCUAGAAAAAUCACGUAUGGAAUGAUGGUGUCAAAAUCUGCUCCUCAGAGACAUAGAGGUUCCAUUUAUUUAAUGCUGGCAACCAGUAUUUGAUCCAUUCAUGGAAAACAGAUCUUAUUCUUUUGAAAUUCAUCAGAGAUAGCCGCCAUCUGCACAUCUCAGUGUCAAUGAAUGUUGUUUUUAAAAAAGAAUCCCAAUCAAAUGUUCUGGCAUUAUGCGAAAGGGAUUUCUAUCUCUAAAUGCAUUUUACCAAUCCUUAAUUGUUUUUUUUCCCCCUAGACGAAAAAGACCUAUAUACUGAAGUGAUUCUUUGUAUGGAAUGUGCAAUAACCCUUAUUGGUUUUCGCUUUACUUUCCUGUACCUUUUCCAAAUCUGUGAUAUCCUUUUAAAACAUGGGGUGACCUUAAUGGCACUGGGAGAGGCUUCUUUCAUCUUGUACAUGUGAAGUAUUUUGAGGCACAUAAAAAUUCUGGCCAAUCUCUUUGUUACGUGCCAAAUGAACACCACCACCCCCCCAGUUGCACAUCUAACACUAGCAAAGUAGUUUUGCUAAGCUUUCAAAGAAUCUCCCCAGCACUUAAAAGGAAACACUCCUGUUGUUCCAAAUUACCAUCAUCUGUACAAGACCUUGAAGAAUUAUUUCAAUACUAUGAUGUAUACAGUUGCCCUAUGACAGAGGAGUAGCUGGAUUAUGAAUAGUUUUUAGAAAUAGCCAAGUGUGUCCUAGUCAAUUAAUCACAUGUGUAUACAAUAAAUUAGGGCUAGCCCCUAGAGCCAUUUGAAAAAAUGAAGAUUACUCUAGAACAGAAAUGCUUCCUGUACUAAUGAAAGUAUUUUUUAAACUUGUAUGCAUUAAAAAAAGUAUCUUUGGAAAAAGAUAAAGUUCAAGUAUGUAAUUUUACUCAUUGCUUGUUCAAUAAUAUUUCAAAGUGUAGAAGGAAAAUGCAAUAUUUUAAAAAUAAGAACUAAAUGCAAAAAAUUGCUGUAUUUAAAUGCAGGCCAGGUAUAUAGGGGGAGGGUCCACAGUCUUCAAGCUUCCCCACACAGCACCGCCAAUCUACUUAAACUCUGACCUGAAAGGACCUUUAACAGCAGGGGUGAGAAACUGCCAUUCAUUUUCCAUGCUCAUUCUACCAUAGCCCCUUACUCAAGAGUUAGAAAUGAUCUGUAUGAGUUUACAACUGAUAAAGGUAGCACUAAUAUGCAAACAAGUAUUUAAAUGAAUGGUGUAUUUAAAAAUAGCCAUACAAUAUGAUAUGAAACAGUAUAAAUGAAUCUAGACCUGAUGUUAAAAGUGAAAAUGCAAUUAAUGUGCACAUUUAUUAUGUGAAUAACAGCUGCAGGGAAGCCUGGGGUGCCUGUGGGGAUAGAUAUACAGCUGCAAAUGGGAGCUUCCUUAGAAACACAAGUAGCAGCUUCAAAGAGGUGAUUUUGUGGCAGGCAGAUAAAGAAUUUAAAUUCUGCUCCCCACCCACCCUCACAAUCCUGCUAUUUAGAUACAUGCACAUUAAUUGUAUUGACACAGUUCAUGUCACAUCUAGUUUGGCCCUGGAAAUAAAGCAAUGAUAAGAAAGAAACUUAUUCAUAGAUAAGUCAUGUUUUGCUGUGUAGCAUCAGCGCAGCAUACGGAUUGUUUGCUCCUUCAGAAAAAUUAAAACAGACAAGGCACCCAUUACAGUAAAACAAAGAAAAGAAGGAAAGGCAGCCAAAGCAGUAAGUAACCAAAUGAAAAAGAGACAUCCAAGAUGAGCAUAAGCAAAUUUAUUACCUAAUGAACUUUGAGUAUUAUAAUACUUCUUCAGGUCUUUCAAAUAGAAAUUGUCCAAAACUGUCUUCCACAGAUGAUGUGGUAGCCACCUCUGAAGAAGAGUUAUAAUCCUCAAAAGGAACUGGACACUAUGUUGUCGUCAGCGCCAUCUUGAAAACUUCAAAUUGAAUAGCUCUACCCCAUUAUGGUGCAGCCAGGUCCAGCUAAGAAAUAAUUUCAAAUAUUCAGUCAUAUUUAGACAGUAGUGUCGAAGGUGAUGCUUUGACAUCUGUUUUCACAGAAAUCAGUGUUUGCACCUUUUAGCUACUAAUUCAAAGAGAAACUUCAGGCAAGAUAGUAAGCGAGCAUAACUAACUGAAAACUUUUUAUCACACUAAAAGAAACUGACAGGAGGAAAAAGUGCACAAAUUUAUGACAAACUAUUUCUCUGGGAAAUAAAUUGUAAUAAAUUUUUCCUUAAAAUUAGGAUCAACUAGCCACUUUAUAUUAAUACCCUACAUCAGACAAAUGGUUUAUCUGGAGUAUUAUCAGCUGCUCAAAAUAAUGUGACAGUAACAUUACACAAUAUUUAGUGUCUUAAUAAGCAAAAUGACAUGCCCAAUUAGAUGCGUUCUCUGUACCUGAUUGUGCACUGGAUUGUGUAACAGAUUUUAGGGCAGUGGAACAAGUUUAUGAGCACAAGGCACAGAACUGAAAUAAAGUUAGUGGUAAACCUUAAAAGGCAUUAAAAUUAGUAGGUAGUUGGACAUGAAUGUUCCCAACGUUCUCUAAAUUUCAUCUGCUGGACUGGAUCCAGACUUUGCUCCCUGCUGGUUAGAAUAUUCCAAGUGGCAUGCCACUCAGAGUAUGCUCCAGUUAAGUAGUGGAGGAAGGUGAAUUUUGCCAAUUCUCUCCCACACUCUUCCCGAGGGUUGGGGACCCUCCAGAACAGUGGGUGGGGUGGCGGCACUGCUGGCAGCAAAGUGAGAGGGAAAUUGGAAAAAUUAACCUCCCCCUGCCACUCCUCUUCAUAGAUCAGAAGGUUUCCGUGGACAGAACAAGCCUUUAUGUCCACAAGUCAAGACUGAUGCCGACCCAUAAUUAAUGAGUAAUGAAUCAAAGACCUUUAAACUUUCUUAAACAUCAGUGACAUUAUUAUUAAUAAUCAUAUUCAUAUGCAAGGAUGCAUGUAUUUAUAUGAAAUCAUUUACACUCAUUUGUAAUGUGGUUUCUGCAACUGGAUAUCAUUUUGCAUGUAUUGCACCAAAACGUUCAUAGGAUGUUGUAGAGUUGGCAAUCACUUUUUUCCUUUUUCUUUUUACAAUAUACAGCAUGAGACAAACAGACUGGACAGACCCAUUCACUGGGCUUUUAUAGGGCUUUAAUUGUGAGCUUAUCUGGCCAUGAAAAAUGGAGCUCAAGCCAAUUGCAUAGGCUAUGGUUAUAUCACACAACAUUCAGCCCAAUGCUAUGUGUGUUUACUCAACAAUAAUUCUACUAAGUCUAGUAUCAAUUAGGUAUGCAUAAGGUUGCAGCCUUAAUAAUAUCCAGAACUUUCCUUUAGGUAAAGGUAAAGGUACCCCUGCCCAUACGGGCCAGUCAUGUCCGACUCUAGGGUUGUGCGCCCAUCUCACUUAAGAGGCCGGGGGCCAGCGCUGUCCGGAGACACUUCCGGGUCACGUGGCCAGCGUGACGAAGCUGCCCUGGCGAGCCAGCACCAGCGCAGCACACGGAAACGCCGUUUACCUUCCCGCUAUAAAGCGGUACCUAUUUAUCUAGGUGGGCAGGAGCUGGGACCGAAAGACGGGAGCUCACCCCGCCGCGGGGACUCGAACCACCGACCAUGCGAUUGGCAAGCCCUAGGCGCUGAGGUUUUACCCACAGCGCCACCCGCGUCCCUAUGGUCCUGUAACCAUAUCCUAAUGAUGAAAAUUAUCAUGAAAAUUAUCUAAUAUUUUCAUGCAUGCUUCAAGCAUAUUCUUUUUUUGUAAAUAAAAUGAUACAGAAGCUAUAAAGACAUUACUAUAGAAAAAAGGCAUCCUGCAAAAAUGCUCAUAAUUAAACCAUAACAAAGUCUAAUGACUAGAUCUGUCCUAUGGGCUCAAUGUCGAGGUGGUCUGAAUGUUGUGGUUGUUUUUAUAUAUUAAGUACAAUUACCAAGUGAAAUAUUGAAGUGUAUGAGUAGGAUAUUUAGAACUUAGGAAAAGAAUUUAUUUAAGUCUGAUCUAGUUGCCCUUUGAAACUUCUCCUACACCUUCCAUGCACAAGCACAACAUGUAUGAGUUUCUCCAUCAGCUGUCCUCAUACAAGUGGAGAACUUGAGAGUCACUUCAUGUGCCUGUGGAACAUGUAUCCAAAUGGACUGCACACAUGUGAAUAUAUGUGCCUGUACACAGUAAGAAGGCAGGCUUUUAAAACACUAUUCAUUAGCGUAGAUCAACAUCCAGGCUGGAGAGGCACCCAUUAUUGUCACUAAAGCACCCUGCCCUUUACUAACUUUUAAAUCGGAAUAUUGCAGUGGCAGCUGGGCUGAAGAGAAGGUAUCCUAACAUACUAUGAAGUUUGUAAGCAUUUCUGCAGCAGUAUCCUUUGAGAGUUGUGGUCAUUCCAAGGGUAACUGCUAUUCAUAUUCUCCAUAACAGGAUCAUAUGAAAAUAUAAGAAACUGAGAAAUGAAUUGGCAUCGUUUUCAUAUGUUCCCCUCCCAUAUUUCCAAUAAACUUGAUUUCCCCUCAGUGUUUUUUCCCCUUGAAAAAUAGGCGUCGGUACUCACCAUGAAGUUGUUACAGUAAGUGCCACACUUUUUAACAAAAAGAAGAGCCGGUACUGCGUACUCUUGAGUACCCCCCUGAGAAAAAGCACUGUUUCCCCUCAUGUUGCAUGUCAUCUGUUGUAUUAAAAGCAUGUCCCAUUAGAUAUUUAACAACUCUUUGUUAUUUGCGUGAGCCAAGGAAAUGAAUAAUCAUGUCCCGAUUUGUUCCUAUGUGUGCACGUUGUAUGAUGUAUUAAAUUGAGAGGUUUCUUGAUUUUUCUGCUUGAGCUAUUCUUAAUAUCACAUAUUUAUCUCUUUUCAGCCAACAAACUACUCCAAUCCAGUGUAUGCAAAAUUGUACAUGGAUGGGCAAAAUUGUCGAAACUCCUUAGCCAGUGUUGAUGAGAGGAAAGAACUCCUUCCAAAGAAAAUAGAUAUUGGCAUAAGGGAGACUGUGGCAUAA